AUGCCGGCAUAUCACUCCAUCUUCUUGGAGGACCGCGAUGUUCCUGUGAUAGGAAACUUCCCUAUCUUGCCCCUCCGCACUCGCACUCGUGGCCCCGCCUACACUCUUCCUCCGCUUCCCGCCGACACCCCCGACAUUGAUGUCUCGCCGGAAAGCGAGUCCUACGAUUGCGUCGAUGAGAUCCUGUCGCUCUUCCGUGCCAACGUCCUGUUCCGCAAUUUUGAGAUUAAUGGUCCAGCCGACCGCAUGCUCAUCUACGGAACCCUGUUCGUCAGCGAGUGCCUCGGGAAGGUCAAGCCGACGAUGACUGCUCGCGAGGCCGAGAAGGCUUUGAUUAAUGCCGCCCUCGACAACUUUGCCAUCCCGGGCGAUGUGUCCUUCCCGCUCAAUCAGGCAUUCGAACCCCCACGCGACCGCCAGGAUGCGGAGAGCUUGCGGGCAUAUAUUUCUCAGGUGCGACAGGAGGUUGCUGUGCGGCUACAUGCUAGAUUAUACCCCGGCGGAGAGGGACCUUCGAAGUUUUGGCUUAGCUUUACGAAGAGGAAGUUCAUGGGCAAGAGCCUGUAA